AUGGCGACCCUGGUUCUUACCAACUCUUCUACAUCUAACAAAAAUCAGGACGCAGUGCUCCCAGGUUACUCUUCGACGAAACUGGCAGCAACUAGUCGACAACUUGGCAAGCUUCGGCCUGUGGCCCUUGGUCAGAACUACACGAGCAUGAUCGAAAACUCGAUAAGUCCAACAGCAGGACUUCCACGCCUUUCGCGAAAAACGUUACACGCCAACGAAAUCCCGGAGUCCCAUGCUCUCAACUACCGUGCAGGUCGUCUCCUGACCAACGCACCUCAUCUGGCCUCCGAGGACUUCGAACGCUUGGUCGACUCUGGCAAUUAUACGAUCAAAUUUCUGCCCCUUACCAAAGUUUUCGACUUGGAAGCUUCUCUUGAGUUUGCUCAUUACGAGCUGCAAUUUUCCCGGGGGGCCUUUUACCCCAUGGCCAUAGAUCAGCAUGACCUUCCUCAAGACAUCAGGACGUGCAGACAGCCUGGAAUUACGCGCCAUUCUCUAGCCGUCCAGGACCGAAGUUCUGAAAUUGUUUCCGGAAAGGCCGGUUGGAAGACCUUCUCCAUCCCUUCCAUUGGAGUUCCCAGAGAGAAUUCAGCCGGCGGAGACCUGGUCACUCCCCGAGGACAGGGUGCCUCUUCAUCGAUACCCCUUGAAAAUCGAAGGCUCCUUAUUGCCAGUCCUGACAAAGUCUAUCGGGACAUAGGCCCAAUUUCCUCUCGAGUUGCAGACAAGACUGACUCCCAGGGAAGGGCUCUGGGCACCCGCGAAACCAGUGAAGAAAAGCCCUCAGAACACCGGACCAGGAAUACAGACUCGCCACGUCGCAAAAGAGGCGCAUGUCAACAUGGAACCAAUGGCCAGGAUCAGAGUGACGACGACGAAUUUCCGGAUGAGUCCAGAAGGAAGAAAUCACGACUCCAAGGUCCAGCCACCGACAAGAAUGACAAUGAUCUCAGCUUAGCCUGUCCGUUCUACAAGGCAGACAAACGCACCCACAAUCGGUGCUCUUUAUUACAGCUGAAUAGGAUCAGAGAUGUGAAGCAGCAUCUGUAUCGGAAGCAUAUGCAGCCUCACUACUGCUCAAGGUGCGGUCGACAGUUCGAGACGCAAACUGAGGAGAGGUGUCACACAAGGCAACAGGACUGCAGCAAGCGAGCCAACCAGCCGCCCGACGGAAUCACCCACGACCAGCAGAAGGAGCUCAAGGAGAGGGUAGACCGCAAGCUCGCCGUGAAGGAGCAGUGGUUCGCCGUCUGGGCCAUUGUUUUCCCCGAUAUGCCGCCACCAGAGUCACCCUAUGUCUACAGCCCUACCCGUGAGGUAGCAACGAAUAUGCGAAACUACUGGCAAGAAAGCGCGGCGGAGAUGCUGGUCGCCCACGCUGACCGCAUGCCGGGUAUUGACAGGGAACGGGUCAUUGGCGGUUUGAAUACGUUUAUGGAAACCUUCUUCAAUCGAUUCAUCGAGGAGCACACCUCGGUUGCCGAGGGAGAGCAAGUUUCGGAUUCAUCCUCAGACGGUAGCCCAGGGACAGUAUGUUUCUCAGAGAGGGCGCCGGCUAUAUCAUCACCAAGCAGUAGCCAAAGGACUUUAUUCGAAUCCUUCCGCGACUUGCUUUCUGUCAUGAGUGGUGCCGCCAGCGACAAUGGCAUGAUAGACGACGGUUCGCUUAUCGCCAACUAUGCAAUGACCAUGGGAGAAACGGACGGGCACUGGGAAUUUCCGUCGAGUGAUGAUGCUUAUGGUUGGGGUCAGCUCCCCACGGCUGGUCCGUUCUUCCAAGAUGAUCCUCUUACUUGA